UCUUCCAGUCCUCAUUUAGUGGAGCAGGAGCUAGAGAAGCCUCUGGAUUAAUACUCACCAACAUGAAGCUUUUGAUCGUGUUGGGAAUAUCGGCCCUAGUCACUGUCUGCGUUAUAGCUGAGGUUCCUCAUGACGGCAAGAAAGACCUCGAUGAAGCGGCAUCCAAAAAGGACAAGCGCACCACCUCAUCAUACGACAGCUCCAGCGGGCACAGUGGAGGCUUCAGCUUGGGUGGUCAGCACGGAGGUGCGAGCCUCAGUUACGCUUCGCCAAUCGCAGGCCUCAGCCUCGGCCACUUCCCAGGUCUUGGGCUGUCUUCAGGCUUUGGCCAUGGAGGGUUUUCUCUAGGUGGCGGAGGACUGGGUCAUGCGUUAUUGCUGCAAGGAGGACAUGGUCUAGGCGGUCUCAGCUUUGGAGGUCACGGUUUAGGCCAACCACUUCUCCUCCAAGGUGGCCACGGACUCCCUUCAUAUGGUUUGGGAGGUAUUAGCGGCCUAAGUCUUGGUGGUGGUCAUGCCACGGUAGCAGCACCUGUAGCAAUUGCUCCAGUAGCAGCGCACACUACAUCUAAACUUGGUCCAGUCACUUUCGGUCUCGGCACAAGCGGGUACAGCGGUUCUUCAGCCAAUAUCGGUCACGGAGGGGCCAGUCUCAGCUACAGUAGUCCCAGCAUCAUCAGCGGCUACAGUGGUUCCAGCCUGGGGGCUUACAGUGCUCCAGUUACUCUUGGCCACGCAUCGUCUUCAGGAUCUUCUUCAUACAGCUCACCUGCUGUGAGUCACAGCUCAUCCUCCUCUCUGGGAAGCUACAGCGCUCCCUCAAGCAGCUACAGCUCACCUUCCGCAAGCUACAGCUCGCCUUCUGUAAGCUACAGCAGUGGAAAAAGCUAUAGCAGUCCCUCAGUGUUGAGCAGCUACAGCCCUGGAGGAUCAUACUCCACCCCUUCGUCCAGUUUGGCAAGCUACAGCUCGGGAAGCUACGCUGCGCCUAGUGUAAGCCAGGGUUCAGCUUACUCCUAUAACUCUCCUUCCAGUAGCCACGAUAGCAGCAGCUCCUACAGUAACCCCUCCAGCGCACACAGUUUCGCGGGGUCUACAUACUCUUCAGGUGGCAGCACUGGUCAUCCAAAUCUGGCUUCAUAUUAUUCAUCAGGAGGCUUUAGCGGAACCAGCAGCAAAGGUUUCUCGCAGUAACUCAUGCCACUUGUUCUCUCGUAACGGUUCAUUUGAAACCCUUGUAAAUAUAUAGAGAGUAAGCAGUUUAUCAGGGGUCGCAGUAGCGCACUGUGUGGACCUCUCACUCUCAAUUUGCAGAUGCGCUGCUCUCAAAUUACUCUGCUUAUCACACUGGUGCGUCAUUUCGGUGGCAUCUGCACAACUUUAUUAUGCGAAUGUGGCAUUGGCGUUCUUAUACCAUCCACAAUACGAGUAUAAUCGCCAGAUAUUUCACCCACUCUAUAAUUAUAUAAAUACAAUACAGUUUUAAAAGUUUCGUCGUCUGCGAGCCAGCAGCAAAUACCACGGCCAGUCAAGAGGAACAGGGGGACGCUCCUGAUGUGAAAUCUCUCUGCGCGAUUUUCCCGCAGCGCAGUCAAGCCCGCAGUACAACAGAUGACAAACAAAUCCCACCCACAUCAUAAGAGAUGGUGGGGCUGUGUUCCUGCUGUUCCACAUGCAUUCGUAGCGGAGCGUUCACAUUCAAGGACAGAUGCUCAUUUUCGGAAAAGUAGCAAAUUCUAAACUUGAAAUGUUAAACCCACGCCUCCUGUGCAAAGCAUUAAAAUGUUUCGAGGGGAAUGCUCAAGCACAGCGCUGACUUCAUCCACUUUAUCUCGACUAAGAACUCGGUGUUUUGAUCCUGUUCUUUAUUUUCACUAAUGACUCUGCAUAUCUAAUUCCCUUUAUGAUUAUAUGAAUAGCAUUUUAUAUUUGGACUAGUUUCAUCCUGAAACUUAUAACAGAAUGUUCUUUUUACUUUUCAUGUUGAAAUUCCCCGUGAAGAAUCGCUUCAUUAUGCAAUUCUGAUGUGAAAUCUCAGAGCACUGCAAGCGGCGCUACUGAGUCAUGCAUUGGCUUGGAUUUGGGAUUACAGUCGAUGGGCACAUAACACAUAAACUUGCUUCGCGGUCGCUGUUCAGAGGUGUGUUGGUGGUAUAUUGGACAAUUUUGAUGUGUAUGAGCUAUUGGCCUGUCGAUUCCACCAGGAUCCCGAACGUGGACAGUGCGAGAUGACCCCCAGUGGCGUGUGUUCCUCCCGGCCAAGUGGCCGAUGGAUAUGGGGAAGGCCUUUAUUCGAACUCCAUGUGUAUAGCUCUAAUCCCUUUCCUUGUAUUGUUAAACUAGAGAAUUACAGUAUUUUGCAUAUAAAUUACUGAUAGGCUCUUGAUUAUCAACGCGACGGAUCUCUGUACUAAAUGAUAAUUGCACUGGUUUAUUUGGAGUUUUCAUAUGACUUUAUGUAGAAGUUCGAAUAUUUUGACCACCAUGUUACCAUACCAGCGAAUUAUAAAAUAUUCCUAAUUAUUUCAAUGCACUAUAAUUCGCAAAUAAAUUGUGCAAGGAGAAAUAUACUAGAGCACACAAUGACAAUUUAUUAAUUUGUAACUUCAAGAAAGACUCAGCUCAAUGGAUUUCGUUAAUUUGUUAAUUAGUUUGUUAGUCUCAGCGAAUGAAAAAUUUCACAAGCACCCUACGUAUAUGCUCUGAAUGUUCCACAUUCUCUUAUUUUUGGGUAAUCCAGACUUUACUUCCUCAUAUCAUGUCACUGGUCUUUCUUUCAUUCUUCUACCUUCUGAAAAUUUCCAUGUCAUCUGUAGUCGCCCAUUUUAUUUACUCCUUCUUACAUGUAGUAAUUUCUUCAAUUGAAAUGUCAUCUAUAUAUUUUUCACGUACUUCAGUAUUUCGUGUUUAUACAUUUUAAUUUUCACCUUUAUCACACUUUUGUAGUUACUACGAACAUAAUAUCAGUUAAUUUUACCAACAUCAUACUAACAUCAAUCACUAAACCAUGCUCACAACAUCUUCACGAAACCAAACUCACAGACCGUUAGCCAUAUACUUUCACUGCUGUCUUAUGGACGUUAAUCACGUGUUCUACUAUACUACGUAAGAUAUUUGUGCUUACUGUAUUUCCAUCGUGUUGUUAAUA